GCGACAACCUCUCACACAUCGCCGCAACAAUGAGACUACCAACACUUGUCGCCGGGCUUUUCGCCUGUCUUGCCACCAAUGUCGCUGCUACUGCUUUGACCUACAAGCUCGAUGCUCACGAGAAGGCCUGCUUCCAUACCACCACGAAAAAGCAGGGCGAGAAGAUCGCAUUCUACUUUGCUGUCCAAUCUGGUGGUUCUUUCGAUGUCGACUACGUUGUUGAGGGUCCCAAUGGCAAGAUUAUCAUGGAUGGUCAAAAGGAGCGACAGGGCGACUUCGUCUUCUCUGCCAACGUUGUCGGCGACUACUCUUUUUGCUUCGAUAACGAGAUGAGUACUUUUGCCGAGAAGUACGUCGACUUCGAGAUUGCUGUCGAGAACGAAUCCCGCGCCCAACUCCCCUCCAAGCAGGGUACUACCCCCGAACAGACAUCAGCCCUCGAGGAGUCCAUCUUCAAGAUCUCUGGCCAGCUCUCCACCAUCUCCCGAAACCAAAAGUACUUCCGAACCCGCGAGAACCGAAACUUUGCCACUGUCAACAGCACUGAGGGCCGAAUUAUCAACUUCAGCAUGAUUCAAAUCGGUCUCAUCAUCUGCAUGGGUGCUCUGCAGGUGUUUGUUGUUAGAUUCUUUUUCCAGGGUGCGCGCAAGGGUUACGUUUAAAGAAAUCGCUUUAUCAUGUGCAAUGCUGGACACGGGUGUUAUGAGGCGUGGGAAUAAAAAGGAGACGGAUAUCGGAAGUGAUAUGUAUAAUCAAUGGAAGCAAAGCGCUUGGCUCGGCUGGAAGGCCUUGCAUUUGGUUUUGACGUAAAUGUUUGAGAUAUUGAAAUGAAAGUUGCCAUGAUACGCUUUAAUACUUUGCCUGAUUAAACAGUGUCUUUGCACUUGGAAGU